AUCACAUUCCCUGCCGUACAAGUUACAGCUUGCAACUCCAUUUACCUUGACGGAGUAUCUGCUUCAACCUGCAUUCAUGACAUGAACUCAUAGUUUUUCUCUCUUCCUCCCAUGGCUAGCGGAGAACAUCAUCCAUCAACCUCAUCUUCCUCCGAGAUCAAACCCAGAGUUAGCUCAUGGCGAGGCAACAAUGUAGUACACCCGGUGGACAUCGACAUCGAUGCUGAUGCGGCCGUGUCUGCUCCGAGUUCCGUGGUGUACAGAGAAGUCAAGCAUUUCAAGAAAUGGAAGCCCCUGCUCGUGCCCUGCUUCAUUCUUGCGAACGCUGUCGUGUUUGUGAUCACUAUGUACGUCAACAAUUGUCCUGAGAAAUCCGUGUCCUGUGUCGCCAAGUUCUUGGGCAGAUUCUCCUUUCAGCCCUUCAAGGAGAACCCACUUCUUGGCCCUUCAUCAUCAACGCUUCAGAAAAUGGGUGCUCUGGAAGUUAGCAGGGUAGUUGACAGACACCAAGUGUGGCUCCUGAUAACCUGCAUCUGGUUGCAUGGAGGAGUGUUCCAUCUAUUAGCGAACAUGUUGAGUUUUUUAGUCAUUGGAAUUCGGCUGGAGCAAGAAUUUGGGUUCGUGCGGAUCGGAUCGCUCUACGUCAUCUCGGGACUUGGAGGAAGUCUGAUGUCAUCCCUCUUCAUCCAGUCAAGUAUAUCUGUUGGUGCUUCUGGUGCACUUUUCGGGUUACUGGGAGGGAUGCUCUCCGAACUCAUCACUAAUUGGUCUAUCUAUGCUAACAAGGUAGCAUCCUUCUUGACCCUCCUAAUCAUCACCGCGAUCAAUUUGGCGGUCGGGAUUCUCCCGCACGUCGAUAACUUUGCUCACAUGGGAGGAUUCCUGGCAGGCUUCCUGCUUGGAUUUGUGCUUCUCAUCCGACCCCAGUAUAGCUGGAUCACGCAGAAGUAUACUCCUCCAGGAUAUGCAUCCGCUCCUGUGAAGCCUAAAUUCAAGACAUAUCAGUGCGCAUUGUGGGUCAUUUCUCUGACUGCCUUGAUUGUCGGGUUCAUUCUCGGUAUGGUGAUGCUUCUGGGGGGCGUGAACGCGAAUGAUUAUUGUUCCUGGUGCCACUACAUGUCUUGUGUUCCGACUUCUAGAUGGAGCUGCAAGGCCGGGCCGGCCUCAUGCUCGUCUGACCAACUAGGAAGCCAGCUGAACUUGACUUGCUCAAGCAAUGGAAAAUCAAGAACAUACACAUUGCCUGGUGCUACCACUUCCCAGAUUCAGGGUCUCUGCACUCAGCUUUGCAAUUGAAGAUCACACGACGAUGUCCAUCGGAUUGUUGUUAGAGCCCAAGAAUUCGUUUCAACGGGCAAUUUCUCGUUUCUCGGUACUGAGUAUUCACUUACCAUCUAUUCGUAAAAACUCGUCUCUCCUGGAGAUUCCGCUUCGAACUGGGAAGUCUGCGAAGCUGUAUGUCUCUGUAGGUUGAGUUUAGCUUAGGUUUCCAUUGAAUCCCAUGGCAGAUGGGUCAAUACCCAAGAGAGAGGAUGGUUUGUCUUUUGAAAGUGAUUGACUUCAGUAAAAGGCCAUGCU